CUCAUAGAAGUAAUUUAAGGAAAUUGCGUUUGAACUAUAAUCUAUGAGAUUUUCUCCGUUUUUUGAACCUCUCACGAAAAUUUUGUAGCCCAAAUCCUCCUCAAUUUGAUCAAGAAAAAGAAAAAAAGAAGAGAGACAAGAUUAAAAAAGAAUAAAAUUGAAAUUGAAAAAAGAAAAAUGAAAUCCGUUACUGUUCAUGUGCUUUUUGACAUCAAAGUAAAACACUAGUACAAAGACAGCUGUAAUAUGCCGAAUGCAUAAAGAUGCAAAGCAUCAGAAUCCUGUGACGCUCGGAUUAUAUAAUUAAACACUGUGUUUAUCACUAAUCCCCCUUUUGAAUUCCAAUCUCAUAAAUAACAAUGCCAAUAAUAAUAUUUAAUUAUUUGUUUUGUCCGCCCAGUUUACUGUAUUUAAAUUAACCUUAAUCUCGAUUUUUCAAUUUAAAAGAUCUAUUGAUUCCUAUUCCAUCACUUGGGUUUAGUUCUACUGACCAUAGGAACUGAAGAAAAACAAAAACUUAUGCCAAUCACAACCCAAAACCAAAAAUUCAUUCAACAAAAAGCCAGAAAAGAAAAGUCCCAAUUGCCGGCUUCUUCUUGAGAUUUUCUUGUAUAUAUUAAGACAAUGGCUCCAACCAAACUUUCAGUAUCAUUCCAUCUGAAGAAUGGCAAACUCUCAGUUUCAGAAUCUUAAUUAUGUUUCUCUGUUGCUUUAUUGCUUAUUGAUAAUCAUGACCUCAUCAAAAUCUUUGUCUCCAUGCAAAAACAUAGGUCCUGUGGUGCCUACUACAUCCACGAUCACAUUUCUUGAACGUGUCCAAGAAACUGCAUUCACUACUUUUGGUUAUAGGAAAGACUUUGACCCUAAACUCUAUGUUGAUUUCUCGUUAAAAUUUAAUCUUUCAACUGCUGAGAAAGCCUUUAAUGAGCUUCCAAGGAGUGAAAAUGGUUCUGUUUUGAUGAAGGACCUGGAGGAGUUCAUAGCAACUUACUUUGAUGCUCCAAGUAACGAUAUUUUGAAUUAUGAUCCGCCAGAUUUUGUGCCUGAGCCUGACGGGUUCUUGCCUAAGGUGGAGAAUCAGGAGGCGAGGAUAUGGGCGCUAGAGGUUCAUUCUUUAUGGAAGAAUUUGAGUAGAAAAGUCUCUGAUGAAGUCAAAAAACACCCUGAAUUGCAUACUUUGAUUCCCUUGCCGGCCGCUCCGCUGAUCAUUCCAGGGUCACGUUUUAGAGAAGUUUAUUAUUGGGAUUCCUAUUGGGUUAUCAGGGGUUUGCUGGCAAGUAAAAUGUAUGAGACAGCAAACGCAAUUGUCAACAAUCUAAUUUCUCUUGUAAAUAAAUAUGGCUAUGUCCUCAAUGGAGCAAGGACCUAUUACACCAAUAGGAGCCAGCCUCCUCUCCUCAGCGCGAUGGUUUCUGAGAUACAUAAGAGGACUGGUGAUUUGGAAUUGGCUAAAAAGGCACUGCCUGCAUUGCUCAAGGAACAUCAAUUUUGGAAUUCUGAGAUACAUAUAGUCACCAUCAAGGAUGCUCGAGGCAAUGAUCACAACUUAAGCCGGUAUUAUGCAAUGUGGAACAAACCCAGGCCUGAAUCUUCUAUCCUAGACAAGCGAUCUGCUUCAAAGUUCUUGAAUUCCUCUCAGAAACAACAAUUUUACCGAGAACUGGCUUCUUCUGCUGAAUCUGGUUGGGAUUUCAGUACAAGAUGGAUGAGGAAUUCUUCGGAGUUCACAACACUGGCUACAACAUCAAUUUUACCCGUUGAUUUAAAUGUAUUUAUACUCAAGAUGGAACUAGACAUUGUCUUAUUGGCAAGAGAAACAGGAGAGGAAAGUAUUGCGGACAGUUUUCUGAAAGCUUCUCAAGCAAGAAAGAGGGCAAUCAACUCUAUUUUCUGGAAUGAUAAGAUGGGACAAUGGCUCGAUUAUUGGCUUGCUAACGACACAUGCCAGGAAUCUGAGACAUGGAGAGCUUGUAACCAGAAUCAGAAUGUGUUUGCUUCAAACUUUUCUCCUCUGUGGAUUGAGCUUUUCAAUUCAGACACUGCUCUGGUGGAUAAUGUCAUGAGAAGCCUUCAAAGUUCAGGCCUGGUGUGUGCUGCUGGAAUUGCCACUUCUCUAACAAAUUCAGGACAACAAUGGGACUUUCCAAAUGGUUGGGCUCCACUCCAACAUAUGAUAGUUGAAGGUCUGGCAAAAUCUGGAUCACAAGAAGCAAAAUCAUUAGCUGAAGAUAUAGCUGUAAGAUGGGUCAGAACCAAUUAUGUCGGAUACAAGAAAACAGGCGCAAUGCACGAAAAAUACAAUGUAGAGAAGUGUGGAGAAUCCGGAGGUGGUGGGGAAUAUGUACCUCAGACUGGUUUUGGUUGGUCUAAUGGAGUCAUAUUGGCAUUCUUAGAGGAGUUUGGAUGGCCUCAAGAUCGACGGAUAGACUGCUGAUCGCAUAGUUGACUCCAAAACGGAACAGAUGAUUUUAACAUAACACAAAGUUAUGUCACAUUGUAAAUUCCAUAUUUUGCUUUGACUCACUUCAUUUUCUUGGGUCAGAGAGGGAUUUAACUAUGUAUUCUGCUAGAUGAAACAUUUUUAAGUUCUUAAUUUAUAAUGAAUGUCUGUACUCUUUGCUUUGUUU